AUGGCCGCUACCCGUAUCCCCUACAUGCGGUUCAUUAUAACUGGACGAACAGCCCAGGCAGUGAAGGCACUCCAUGAGCAAUACGGAGAAGUCGUCCGUAUUGCCCCAGACGAGCUAUCUUUCAUCAACGGCGACGCCUGGAAGAUCAUUUACGGAACUCGCCCUGGACACGGCCAGAAGCAAAAGGACUACCGCUUUUACCCACCGACUGCCGACGGCGCUCCAAGUAUCAUCUUCUCUGACGAUGUUGAUCACACCCGAAUGCGCCGACUUUUGUCCCAUGGUUUUUCGGACAGCUCGCUUCGAGGGCAAGAGCCCAUAAUCAAGUAUUAUGUGGAUCUGUUGAUGCAACGGCUCCGUGAAAAGGCCGAGGCGGGCAAGCAAGCUUUAGAUAUGGUUUCAUGGUACAACUUCACGACAUUUGACAUCAUUGGUGAUCUGGCAUUCGGAGAGCCAUUCGACUGCCUAAAGAACUCAACCUACCACCAGUGGGUAAAUAUCGUCAUUUCCAGUACCAAAUUCGGCGCAUAUACGAACGUUGCUCGACGCUUCCCCGGAUGGAAGACCCUCAGCAAGCUCAUCACGCCUAGGAAAGUGUUCGACCAAAGAAACCUGCACUUGCAGCUUACGAAAGAGAAAGUGCAGGGACGUUUGACGAAAAGUAACGAGAGAUCUGAUUUCUUCGGCAAUAUUCUCAAGUACGAGAAUACCGAGAGAGGCUUCAGUUUUCCGGAGAUGGUCACUAAUGGUAGUACUCUCAUCAUUGCUGGCUCGGAGACUACCGCUACUGCUCUUGCUGGUGUAACUUAUCUGUUGCUGAGGAACCCGCGAGUGAUGCAGAGGCUUCAGGAAGAGGUUCGGGAUACGUUCACAUCCGAAGAGCAAAUCACGUUGGAGAAUUGCAACAAGCUGGAGUACAUCCAUGCUGUUCUCACCGAGGCACUUCGAAUAUACCCUCCCGUUGGGGGUGGACUGCCUCGUAUUAUUGAUACCCAGGGAGACGUGGUUGCUGGACACUUCGUUCCAGGUGGUACAAUUGUGUCCAUCGCACAUAUGGCCGCUUACCACUCUGCAAUAAAUUUUAAACACCCUGAAAAAUUCAUCCCAGAGCGAUUCCUCGGCGAUCUUGAAUUUGCAAACGACAGUAAGACAGUGAUGCAACCUUUCAGCUUUGGUCCUAGGAACUGUAUUGGACGGAAUUUGGCAUACGUCGAGAUGCGAAUCAUUGUUGCUCGCAUGAUCUUCAACUUUGAUAUGGAAUUGGACCAGCCGUCUGAUGACUGGACGGACCAGCCGAACUUUCUUCUUUGGGAUAAGAAGCCUCUGAUGGUUCGACUUACUCCGAGGACCAAGGUACAGUAA